AUGGCCCUCACAUCCCUUUCCUCCCUCACUUUCAUCCUUUUCAUAUUGCAUGCGGUACUUACUGCGUCGGAGCCUUGCAGCUCCUGCCAAACGGCCCAAACGGCCCGUGGCUCUGAGCUCCUUCAGCGAAGGACUCAGAAGGCCUUGAAGGUGGACACAACUACGCUGAGCUACGAGGAGUUCCAAGGCUUCGUGGAGAAGUCCUUCGCCCGUGCGAAGGAGCUGAGGGAGUACAGCCAGCGCGGCAAGCUCAUCCUUCAGAAAAGCUUCAGAUCCUUCGAUUCUUCUCAUUACAAGAGCUUCAGCCAAAACCUCACAUGCAUUGAGAACGUCGAGCAGGGCUUCGAUCACUUUGUUGUGACGUCCAAGCUGGACCUGGAGCUCACUCCGCUUGAGCUCCAGAGCUUCCGCGCGCGCGUGGUGGAGGAGAUGGAGUACUUGUGCAAGCACGACAACAUCACCGGACACGCGCAGUACGUGGCAGACUUUAUGCAGGCCCUUGAGGACGAGCGACCAGUCUUGACAAGUAAGUUGCAAGACAUUUUGAAGGAACAGUACCACGAUGUGACCUUUGAGUUCGCGGGCUGGCUGGUCAACUUCACGACGAUAGAUGUCCAGCAGCGUACAGGCCUGAAAGAUCCUCACGGGCCUCACGACAAUAGGACCCAGCUGCUGCAGAUGAGCCAGAGGACAGUGGAGCGCUUGCAGAAAAGCAGGCUUCUUUCGAGCUUCGACGCCCGCAGGCAUUGGCCCGACUGCAGCGAAAUCAUCGGCCGGAUCCACAACCAAGGUCGAUGCGGCAGUUGCUGGGCCUUCGGUGUCCUCGGCGCCGUGGAGAGCCGUCUGUGUAUCUCCACCGACGGCAUUUUCAGCGGGGGCCAAGCGCAGCUCUCUCGUGCCUUCGUGACAUCCUGCACCUACGCGAGAAAUGGCUGCGAUGGAGGUUGGCCAGAAGACGUCUUCAGGUUUUUGGAGAGCACGGGGUCACCGACGGGCGGCGACGCAGGCUGUUCGCCGUACAUCGUGCAUGGAGAUGGCACGGAGCACUUCAUCAUGUCUACCACGUCACCUCCCUGCCCAACGGAGUGCUCCAACAAAGCGUUCCCCAAGACCAUGCAUGAGGACACCUUCUAUCCCCGUGGCACCCACUUCCGCCUCGACCUCCAUUCGGCUGACCCGGCCGUCGCAUACCAGCUGGUCCGUGAGGCGAUCUUGACGGGUGGGCCAGUGGCAGCAUUACUUCACGUCGAUGGCCCGUUUUUUGCCUACUCCAGUGGGGUCUACACCCACAGCUGUGACCAGCAUCCCAACCACGUGGUGGUUGCUAUCGGUUGGGAGCCUGAUAGCUGGAUCUGCUUGAAUUCAUGGGGUACCGAUUGGGGUGACCGUGGCAGCUUCCGGGUAGGACUCUGUGUGUUGACGGAUGUAUACAUCCCAACGGUCAGCUUGGAGGGCAGCAACGUGGAAAACUACGCUUUCCCCUUGGCUGGCAGGGUCCAGACCCCAGCGCCCGGACUGAAUCCUGCAGCACGAUACCCCACCGUCGACGAGGGCAUUGCAGCUUUGGGGUACUGGACUGUGGACAAGCACUGCGAAUGCAUCAGCGCCUGCCGGUGGGACUGGAGGACCUCGACGUCGAACUGCGACGCAGAAUGGAGCUGCCAGCAGCAGAGUGGCUGGGCAUUUCCUUGUGAGAAAAAGCCCCCUGCAAGGCUGUUGACCGAAGCCUCCUGUGACUUCGAACUUGCCUGCGCUUGGACCAACGAGGGUGCCAGCCAUUGGACACUCUCCGGGGACGCGCCCGCACCUCAGGGACCCUCCAGUGCUGCUUCGGGUGCGAACUACAUCUACAUUCACUCCAACUCCCCAAUGACAGCCAUCUACCAGAGCCCAACGCUUAAUAGCAGCCUGAGCUACACCCUAGCCUUUGCUUACCACAUGAAUGAGAACGUCGGAUCUCUGGACGUCGAGGUCGGGGAUGCGCAUGGACGCUUCCACUCCGUUUGGCGCAAGACUGGUAACCAAGGUGGCCAUUGGAAGAUGGCAUCCCUGCAGAUCAGCGCGACUGUCACCGUUCGGUUCGUUGGACGUACCAGCGGCGGGAAGAGCAGCAACAUCGCACUCGACGAUGUCCUGCUAUCCCAAGCUACCAUCACCGCCACCACGACCACAACCACCACGACUGUCACUGUCUCCUUGUCAAAGCAGGGCCCCGCUCCGAUAUCUUGGUUGCCUUGCGCUUUUGACUCUGGCGGCAUUUGCCACUGGACAAACGAAGGGGAGAUCUCGUGGAUGGUGAACGCGGGAAGUACUCCCAGCAGGGGAACUGGCCCUGCUGGUGAUGCAGGCAGCAGCUACUACGGAGGCAGCUACGUUUACGUUGAGGCCAGCUCCCCCAACUAUCCAAGCAAGACAGCCAUCUUCAAGAGCCCGGUGCUUGAUGCCAUGCAGAGGUACGUCUUGACCUUCAAGUAUCACAUGGAAGGAGAAGACAUGGGAUCUCUGGAUGUUGAGGUUGGAGAUGUGCACGGAGCCUUCCGUUCCAUCUGGCACAAGGCCGGGAGUCAAGGUAACGAUUGGAACACGCAAAGUCUGGGCAUUAGUUCGGCUGUCGCCGUUCGCUUCGUUGCGAUCACGGGCCUCGGAUGGUCAAGCGACAUUGCUGUGGAUGAUAUCGACAUGACAUUGUGCCUGGUAUCUUCUCCUGGCCUUUCUUGUGAUUUCGAGGAUCACGCAACUUGCCUUUGGCAGGUCCCGUUUCACGAGUGGAGAGUUUAUCAGAGGAGCACUCCAAGGAAUGACACUGGACCAUCGGCAGGCUCCUACUACAUCUCUCCUCGAAGAACCUGGGGUUUCUCUGAGGCAACACGCACGCUUGAGAGCCCGAUCAUUGACUUCACUCAGAGCUACACGUUGACGUUUGCGUAUCGCCUCGAGCUAGAAGACGCGGAGUCUCUGGGCGUUGAGAUCGCAGAUGUGAACGGGGCCAUCCAGUCUGUCUGGCAGGUCAAUGGCAGCCAACGUGUCGAUUGGCAGAUGAUAUCCUUGAGCAUCAGUUCGGCUGUCAGAGUUCGAAUAGUUGCUCGUAAGGGGCGAACCGAUGAUGACCGCAUUGCUGUCGAUGAGAUUCGAUUGGAUGUGACCGGAAAACUCCCUGCUGAAACAACACUCAGCAGCACCAGCAGCACCAGCAGCACCAGCACCAGCAGCACCAUCACCGUUGCGAAUGUUCCCGCAUCGUGUGACUUCGAAGAUCAGUGUCCUUGGACAAACGAAGGGGAGAUCUCUUGGACAGUGAACUCAGGUGACACUCCGAGUAGUGGCACUGGCCCUUCUGCUGCUGCCACAGGUGCCAAUUACGUCUACGUUGAGGCCAGCUCCCCCAACAAUCCAAGCAAGAAAGCCAUCUUCAAGAGCCCGGCGCUCGAUGCCAGAAGGGGCUACACCUUGACCUUCGCGUAUCACAUGAAGGGCAGCUCCAUGGGAUCCCUGGAUGUUGAGGUUGGAGACGUACACGGAGCCUUCCACUCCAUCUGGCACAUGGCCGGCAGUCAAGGUGAUCAUUGGAACACGGCAUCUGUGAGCAUCGGUGCGUCCGCCUCCGUUCGCUUCGUUGCUGUCACAGGCGGCUGGUCAAGCGACAUUGCUGUCGACGAUGUCCAGAUGACGUCGGCUCCGACCACCAUUACCACCACCACCACCGCCACCACCGCUGAGAAUCCAUGGGUGUUGGUGAAAGGCGAGUGCACGGUCGAUGUAGAUGGCUGCAUCUUCAGCCCAAACUAUGGUGGAUUGAGGAAGUACCCGGAACGGGAGGGCUGCGAGUUUGAUGUGACGGCUGAGUACCCGAUGGAGGUUCUGGACUUCCAGGUUGAGCGUGACAACUAUGACUAUCUGAAGGUGAACGGCGAGAAAUAUAGUGGAAGUAUGCUUCCCCAUGGAGAAGUGCCAAGAAGCAAGAUUGUGUGGCACUCUGAUUACAGCGUGACCAACUUUGGAUGGAAGAUUUGCCCGAAGACGGUGUAG